AUGUGGGGAGCUUCAUUCUAUGAGAGAGCCUCUAGGCUCUUUCGGCAAUACCCCUCCCUAUCAAAGCUUCUUGUUGUUGCUACAGUCGGUGGGGGAAGUCUGGCGGCAUUUCAUGAAGGCAGACCAUUCCAUGGUCGUACUGCGUAUGCUGAAGCAGCUCAGUCUGAAGGCAAACUGAAGAAAAAGAAGGUGGUGGUACUUGGAACUGGUUGGGCUGGCAUCAGUUUCUUGAAGAAUUUGAAGAGUUCCUCAUAUGAUGUUGAAGUGGUGUCCCCUCAUAAUUAUUUUUUGUUCACCCCUCUGCUGACGAGUAUUACUUGUGGCACAGUCGAACCACGCAGCAUUGUCGAACCAAUUCGCUCUAUUACUAAGAAGAAAGGCUUAAAUAUUCAGUUCAGGGAAGCAGCAUGUUACAAAAUAGAUCCACAGAAUACAAUUUACUGUCGGACAACCCAAGACAACAAUUCAUGUGGGAAUAAUGAAUUUAGUGUAGAUUAUGACUACCUGAUCAUAGCCAUGGGAGUGAAAGCUAACACAUUUAACACCCCUGGUGUUGAAGAGCACCCUCAUUUCUUGAAGGGAGUAGAAGAUGCUCUGAAGAUUCGUCAGUCUGUGAUUGACUGCUUUGAAAGGGCGAGUCUUCCAUGCAUAACUGAAGAAGAAAGGAAGACAAUUUUGCACUUCAUAGUUGUUGGUGGCGGUCCAGCAGGUGUGGAGUUUGCUGCAGAGCUUCAUGACUUUGUAACUGCGGAUUUAGCCAAGUUGUACCCUUCCGUUAAAGAUGAUGUAUCCAUCACUUUACUCGAAGCAGGUGAUCAUAUUUUGAACAUGUUUGACACAAGGAUUACAAAAUUUGCUGAAGAGAAGUUCUCCAGAGAUAAAGUAAAAACAGGUUCGCAGGUUGUAAAAGUAACUGCUAAGGAAAUCUCCACUAAAGAAAGAGCAACUGGGCAGGUUUCAUCUACACUGUAUGGGAUGUGUCUCUGGGCAACUGGCAUUGGGGCACGCCCAGAGAUUAUUGAAUUUAUGAAGAAGAUUGGUCAGGCAAACAGACGUGUUUUGGCUACUGAUGAAUGCCUGAGGGUAGAAGGAUGUGAUGGUGUAUUUGCUCUAGGUGAUUGUGCAACAAUAAACCAACGCAGGAUCAUGGAAGAUAUUUCACAUAUAAUUAGUAAGGCAGACACAAGCAAUUCUGGUACGUUAAGUCUUAAGGAGUUUCAUGGAGUUAUAGAUGAUGUUAUGGAGAGGUAUCCUCAGUUGGAGCUUCAUUUGAAGAGUAAACAGAUGUCAAGCAUUCACGAUUUACUGAAAAAUAGUUCAGGAAAGUAUUCUGGUACUGAAGUAGAUAUUGAGACCUUUAAAUCAGCUCUUUCUCAAGCAGAUUCUCAGAUGAAAAACCUUCCUGCAACAGCCCAGGUAGCUGCUCAACAAGGUGCCUACCUUGCAAACUGCUUCAACCGUAUGGAGGAGUGUGAGAAGUAUCCUGAAGGUCCCCUAAGGUUUAGGGGUGAGGGACGCCACCGUUUUCAUCCCUUCAGGUACAAGCAUUUCGGUCAAUUUGCUCCAUUGGGAGGUGAGGAAGCAGCAGCAGAGCUGCCCGGGGACCGGGUUUCCAUGGGCCACAGCACUCAAUGGCUCUGGUAUUCUGUAUAUGCAAGCAAGCAAGUUAGCUGGCGUACUAGGGUCCUAGUGGUAUCUGAUUGGACCAGAGGAUUUAUUUUCGGGAGAGAUUCAAGCCGUAUUUGAGGACGACAUAUAAUUCCGGCCUUAUCUGUCAUCAGUGUUUGCACAUGCAUUGUACAUGCCUUCUUGUAUCGUGUUUGAGAGAG